GAACGUGGUCGGGAGAAAGUAAACCCACCGGAGUUGGUCCUCGUUGGUGAAGAUGGCGAGCGGCGCGGGGUUCGUAGCGGCGCUGUGGACGGAAAUCAACCGCUGCGGACAAAAUGGCGACUUCACGAGGGCCCUCAAGGCUGUCAAUAAGAUUCUUCAUGAGAAUAAGGAUGACGUGACAGCACUCCGCUGUAAAAUCGUGUGUCUCAUCCAGACUGGCGGUUUCAAGGAGGCUCUCAAUGUCAUCAACACCCACACCAAGUCGCUCACAAGUGACAUGAUCGGGUUCGAGAAGGCAUACUGCGAGUACCGGCUGAACCGAGUGGAGAGCGCACUGAAGACCAUCGAGGGAAUCUCCGAACAGACCGACAAACUCAAAGAGCUCUACGGCCAAGUGCUCUACAGGCUGGAGCGGUACACCGAGUGUGAAGUUGUGUAUAAAGACCUGAUCAGAAACUCCCAAGAUGAAUACGAGGAGGAGAGAAAGACGAACCUCGCCGCAGUGCAGGCUGCACGGAGCACCUGGGAAAGAGCAACACCUGAGGACCUGGGGCUGCCCGAGAGCACGUAUGAGCUUUGCUACAACACAGCAUGCAGUCUGAUCGGUGGAGGCCAGCUCGCUCAAGCGAUGAAAAAACUUCAAGAAGCUGAAGAGCUCUGCAGGAUCUCUCUGGCAGAAGACUCAGACGUGACGGAGGAGGAUGUCGACGCUGAGCUGGCAGUGAUCCACUCUCAGAUGGCCUACAUCAUGCAGCUCCAAGGCAGGACAGAAGACGCACUGCAGCUUUAUAACCAAGUCAUCAAACUGAAGCCAUCUGAUGUGGGUCUGCUAGCAGUCACUGCCAAUAACAUCAUCACCAUCAACAAGGACCAAAACGUGUUCGACUCCAAGAAGAAGGUGAAGCUGAUGAGCGCAGAGGGCGUGGAACACAAACUGGCCAAGAAGCAGCUGCAAGCCAUCGAGUUUAACAAAGCACUGCUGGCAAUGUAUACGAACCAGGCUGAUCAGUGCAGAAAGUUGUCAGCAGCUCUGCAGUCACAGAACCCUGGACACCCACGGCCAGUUCUCAUCCAGGUGGCUCAGCUCUGUCGAGAGAAACAGCACGGCAAGGCCUUGGAGCUGCUGCAGUGUUUUUCAGAAAAGCAUCCGGAAAGUGCAUCUGGAAUCAAACUGACCAUGGCACAACUCUAUCUGACUCAAGGUCAUGUGACUAAAGCCUGUGACAUUCUGAGGUCAAUAGAAGAUUUUAAGCACAAACAAGGAAUGGUUUCUGCCCUGGUGACAAUGUACACACAUGAGGAGGACAUUGACAGUGCUAUUGAUGUCUUCACUCAAGCCAUCCAGUAUUAUCAGUCAGAACAGCCCGGCUCUCUGCUACAUCUUUCCCUUGUCCGUGAAGCGGCGAAUUUUAAGCUCCGUUAUGGCCGAAAGAAAGAAUGCAUCAGUGACCUGGAGCAGCUGUGGAAGCAAAACCCUAAAGAUGUGCACACACUGGCGCAGCUCAUCUCCGCUUACUCGCUGGUGAAUCAGGACAAGGCCAAAGCGCUUAGCAAGCAUUUGCCGUCUCCUGACACCAUGUCCUUUAAUAUCGACGUGGACGAGCUGGAGAACUCUCACGGAGCCACAAACGUCAGAAAGAAAGCCCUCAAGGUUGUCGGGGAAAACCCGCCGAAGGAGCAGGGCCAAGUGGACGUCAAGAAGAAGAAGAAAAAGAAGAAAGGGAAACUCCCCAAGAACUACGACCCGAAAUCGACCCCUGACCCCGAGCGCUGGCUGCCGAUGCGAGAGCGAGCAUAUUACCGCGGCAGGAAGAAGGGCAAGAAGAAGGAGCAGGUGGGAAGAGGAACUCAGGGAGCGACGGCGGGAGCUACGGCAGAACUAGACGCCAGCAAAACAGCAAGCAGCCCCCCGACGUCCCCUCGUCCCGGGUCUGGCACCAGCUCCAACCCCAACAUCGUGCCACCACGGCAGCAGAAACCUGCCGCUCCUGGAGCAACGCGCAAAAAAACCCAGCAGAAGAAGAAGAAGGGAGGAAAAGGAGGCGCGUGGUAGACAAGGCUGAGGUCCAGAGUCCUUCCCUCCUUCAUUCUGUCCAUCUUUGGAGCUUUGAAACACAAGCUGAGGGGAGUGACGACUCACAAAAUAUCCAAGGAGAGAUCAGACAGAUGAUGUGUAGAAACAGAAAACUGACCCAGGGAUUUUUUUUUUUUUCCUCUUCAAGUUUUUAAACCCUCACAUCCACUCGUUGUGUCCUUUAAAAACUCCUUUUACAAUGAAUAAUUAAGUGAAGAAAGCUUUCAUGAUCAGAGUGAAUGAAAGUUUCUGUUGCUUACACAAACCGAUGGUUUUAUGAUUUGUUCCACGACCAUAAUUUUUUUUGUUUGUUUUUUUAUGGCCCAUUAAAGAAACACAAACUGCCUGACUAUGAAUUCAUCAGUUCAUGUUGCAUCACUGAUUCAUUUUACGGACUUGCCUGUUCAAUCUGGAUGCAGAGACAGUAAAUUUGUGUCAGACAACAAAAAGAGUGUCUGUUUAUGCAAAAUUCAAAUAUUUAUUUUUCAAACUCCGAGAUAAAUAUCAAUUGUAAUUAUAAUGGAGAGAAAGGUGUGUCCUUUGGCCGUUUUUCCAUUGUCGAGGAGGCUGAAAGUGUCACUCGAACAGGAAGACCAGCUCCCAUGUAAAGUCUUAAUAAAAUUUCUUCAAGACCAGAAA